UUGUUUUUACGGUGUUUUAGUGAUAUUCCGUCUUUAGGAAAAACUUUGUUAGCCCAGACCGUCGCGCAGUGCCUCGACGUCCCGUUAGCCAUUUGUGAUUGCACGACUUUGACUCAGGCGGGUUACGUCGGCGAGGAUGUCGAAUCAGUGAUCAGUCGUCUUCUGCAGGACGCCAAUUUCAAUGUUGAAAGGGCUCAACAAGGGAUCGUGUUUCUGGAUGAGGUGGACAAAAUUGGCGCCGUUCCGGGCAUUCAUCAACUCAGGGACGUGGGUGGCGAGGGCGUUCAACAAGCACUGUUAAAAAUGCUCGAAGGCUCCAUUGUGAACGUGCCUCAACACGGAAACCGGAAAAUGCGAGGUGAGGUAGUGCAGGUGGACACGACCAACAUUCUUUUCGUUGCUUCCGGCGCAUUCAACGGCCUUGACAAGAUUGUCAGCAGGAGGAAACAUGAGAAGUACUUAGGCUUCGGUGUCCCGUUCACCGACAAGUCGCCGGGUCGGCGGGCAGCAGCCGAAGUGGACAUCGCGAACAUGAACUCAGAGUCAGAUCCGCUUGAAGAAAUCGCCGAAAAGGAUGCGUUGCUUCGUCAGGUAGAAGCCCACGAUUUAAUCGAAUUCGGCAUGAUUCCGGAGUUCGUCGGUAGAUUACCGAUCAUUGUCCAUUUUCACAGCUUAGACGAAAAGCUGCUUGUUCGAAUACUUACUGAGCCGAAGAACUCGUUGACUUCCCAGUAUAAAGUUCUUUUCAAGAUGGACAAGAUUGAUUUACAAUUCGACGACGACGCGUUGCUGGCGAUCGCCAAAAUGGCAAUGCGAAAGAAGAUUGGCGCCCGGGGUCUCCGUGCAAUAAUGGAGAACCUUCUGUUGGAGCCGAUGUUCGAAUCGCCGGGAACCGAUGUGACGUCGAUCCGAGUGACCGCCGAUGCGGUGAACAAAGUAUAA